AUGGGAAUCCAACGACGCUCGCCUCCUGCGUUUCUGGCAGAACCGUCAGAGAACAUGGAAAACAGCACGUUUUGUGAUUCGGCAUGCGCAGUAGGGGGUCCCAUCUAUCUUCGAAUGAUUGGGUUUACUGGCUGCGCUGGAGAGCAUCAGUUACCUGAGUACAUAGUGAAGCAUUCGUCACUCACUUUGAUAGUCAGUUUGGGCUGCGUAGAUAUGGAUACCAUCUGUGAUGUGUCAUCCUUGUGCUCAAAUUGUGAUCUACCCGUUUCGGACUCCGACAAAGCUUUGAAAUGUGAUAUUUGUGCAACUUGGGAGCACAUAGAGUGUUCCCACAUUCACUCAUCCAUCUAUGCUGCUCUCUUGGCUCAUCCCAGCGAUAACUUAUCAUUUACGUGUACUAGAUGCAAAUCUAUCUCCACAUCACCUUUAAGGAAGAAACAGAAAUCGAAGAAAUCGAAGCGAUAUGCACCAGCGCCAUCUAGCGACCUGCAAGACAGUCUUGUUCGGAACGUUCCAGAUGUCAACUCUGUGGAACCUUCAGUAACUCUUAAUGCCCCCAUGAGGUCAUCCGAUUGUACUGAUGAACAGAAUACGCAAUCACCUUGGUUAUCAACGAAACGGAGACAUCGUAUGAAAACCCGGCCGCCAGCUCAUGACCAUGAGGUCGUUGAAAGUUUACCUGUCAGCUCCGCAAGCGCGAUCCAACCAACUGUUUCAGGAAACCGAGAAACACUCAAGUUUCCACGCGAUCAUUGUUUGAUGCUGUUUGGAUCGAAAGAAUCUGGUGAAGAAGGCGCACAGGCUAGAUACAACCAUGAUCUGAAUCUGCUCCAGGGACUUGUUGAUAAACUAGCCGAUGCUGAUGAACCAGGAAUUCGAGUUCGACGAAUUUUACGAUUAGGAAAACGAGUUGCGGGCAUCCACCGACCGCUAAAAAUUGUAUUCGAAAAUGCAGACGCUCCCAAGCACUUACUUUCUCGCGCAUGGAGACUUAAAGGUAUGGAUAUUUACAUCAGACCAGAUAUGGAUCCAUCUCAGCGAGCUCAGCUCAAAGCCGCUGUCGUGGAACUUCGAAGGCGCACUCUUGAAGGUGAAAAUGAUCUACGUAUCGUAAAUUUUCGAAUAGUCAAAUGGCGUGCAUUCAUAAACCGCCCGGUCACCUUAACAGCGCGCAGCCAGAGUCAUUCGCUGGCUUGCGUGUAG